AUGGAUAUGCAAUCCCCUCCUAAACAUGACACACUCCUAGGUCAUUACGGAGGCUCACCUCCAGAUCAAGGGAAAAGAAAACCCGAUGAUAUCCUUACUACCACACCUCCCAAACGCUUGAGGAAACUUGGACCCUUUCUUGAUGAGGAAGACGACGAGCACGACAUAUAUCCAUUUGCCGAUUCUAGCGUAAACCCUAUAUGUCAGGAUAAGAGCUACAAUACCAGUGCAUCAUUGGAUGCAAUCCAUAUAAGCGCGCCUUCCGGUUCCAAUGCUACCUAUGGGAUAAGAAAUCCCCCCAAAUCCAUAUUUUCGACACACGUGAAUGAUGUGUCAAAGGAAAUGGUGACUAUUUGCACAUGUUUGGGUAAAGUCGUUAAUCUGCGAAAGAGAACAAGGACUGCCCCUGUUUCUUAUGAGCAAACAAUUGCAGAGCGUUCAACUACAGUUCCAGGCAGAGCAAAAAGAAGUUACUAUGGAAUCGACAUUCACAAAUUACUUGACGAUAUCGCAAUCGAAGAUGCACAGGCAAGCAGCCGCCGUUUACAACCUUCUCCUCACCAUCUAUCUGUUGAAGUGGCGAAUGAUCCUCUGAAAAGUAAUGGAUCAAGCCUUAUGUGGACUGAAAAAUACCGUGCACGAAAAUUUAAGGAUCUUAUUGGUGAUGAGCGGACGCAUCGCUCUGUUUUACGCUGGCUGAAGGGAUGGGACUCAAUUGUAUUUCCGGGCCUAACAAAAUUAAAAUCAAAAGUCUCCACAAAUGAUUUCGAAGAACGGGCUCACCGGAAAGUUUUGCUCUUGACUGGACCCCCUGGCCUCGGUAAAACCACUCUUGCUCAUGUCUGUGCAAAGCAGGCAGGAUAUGAAGUUCUUGAGAUCAAUGCAAGUGAUGAAAGAAGUCGAGAUGUUGUCAAAGGUCGAAUUCGAGAUGCAGUUGGCACUGAGAAUGUGAAAGGGGUGACCAUGGAUGCUGGUGGUAAAAGGAUUCGAAAGCCCGGCAAACCUGUUUGCAUCGUCGUGGAUGAGGUCGAUGGGGUUGUAAGUGGCUCAGGUGGUGGUGGUGAGGGAGGUUUCAUGAAAGCAUUGAUCGACCUCGUUAUGUUGGACCAAAGGAAUUCCAGCAACGCCUCGGAGUCUAUUUCGACUCGCAACAAGGGUUCUAGAAAAGGAGAGAAAUUCCGCCUCCUUAGGCCGCUGAUUCUCAUAUGCAACGAUGUUUACCACCCUAGCCUCCGCCCAUUGCGAGCUUCCUCAAUCGCAGAAAUUAUCCAUGUUCGUCAAGCUUCUCUGGACAAGGUGGUUUUGCGAAUGAAAACUGUGUUUGAAAAGGAAGGCAUCCCAUAUGAUGGAGACGGAGUAAGACGGCUUUGCGAAGCUUCGUGGGGUCUGACUAGCACCAGGGAACGUACAAACAGUCGCGGUAUUGGUGAGGGUGAUAUUCGAGGAGUCCUUGUAGCUGGAGAAUGGAUAGCACAUACGCUCCGUGCUGCUAGUCUAACAGCAGAUAUCAGACUCACGAGACAGUGGGUAGAGAAACACAUCCUAAGUGGCGCAGCAAGAGAUGGCCUAUCAGCUCGUGGUUUAGGACGCGGCGGAACGAAAGAUAUUGUUGAGCGGGUGUUUCUUGACGGAGCUGGUUUCCCAACUGCACCCACGUCUGCGCAAACUUUCCAAGACCCAUUGUUGGGUGGUGACACCAAACUCCCUACUGAUGUCUCUGAUCUUCGCAAACGACAUGCGAUUAACAGUCUGAGGGAGAUGGUUGAUGCCGCAGGCGAAUAUGACCGCUGCAUUACGGAGUGCUUUACGACUUAUCCAACCAAAACGUACCAGGAUGAUACUUUUCUCUCUAAACCUAACGCGGCCUAUGAAUGGCUGUAUUUCCAUGACAUGGUAUCAUCCAAGGUUUACACGAAUCAAGACUGGGAACUCAAUCCGUAUCUUAGCCAGUCUGUUGCCGCAUUUCAUCAUCUCUUUUCCUCUUCCAACAGACAAACCUGGGAUGGCGAUAAAGCCCACACGAACAAUGAAGACGACGAAGACGACCAUCCCUUCUCAGGCCCAAAGGCAGAUUUUGCAGCUUUUGAAGCGCAGAAGCAGAACCAUGCCAUCAUAACAGAAUUCCAGUCGACCUUCUCCCCUCCCCUUCUCCGCACGUUCCGCUCCACUGAAUCGAUUAUCAUAGACCUUAUUCCGUACCUCACCAGAAUGCUAGCCCCUGAGAUAAAACCAGUAGUUGUUGGAGGAAGUGGCAUUCAAAGAGGGGUCGCUAGCGUUCGCAAGGACACAGAACGUGCGCUCGUCAAGUCAGCGGUGAGAGUAAUGAGUGGUAUAGGGGUAAAAUUCGAGAAUACAAGGGUAGAAAGUGAAACUGGCGUCCACAAUGGCUGGGUUUACAGGAUGGAACCACCUCUCGACACAUUAACCAUGUUUUCCAAGCUAAAAGGCAGCGGAUCCACACCUGUCCGCUACGCAAUCCGCCAGGUUCUACAGCAGGAAUACGAAAAGGAGAUCCUGCGUCAACGUUCCCAAGCUGGUCAAGCACGAUUAAACGGGCCCCAGCGCGACAAUUUCUCUCGCGAUGACAAUAACUGCAAGGAAAACACCAACCCAGAUGGCCCAAACCCACCUAACUUUUCCUCCAGAAUGAACGGACCCAAACGAGAUUUCUUUGGCCGCGUCAUUGUGAACGAAGCGCGGCCCAGUUCUUGUGUUGUUAGCGAUGAUGCCGCUGCCUCUCCAUCAGUUAAAGCAAUGAACAAUCCGGUAUGGGUUGGUUUUCACGAAGGUUAUUCGAAUGCUGUGCGUAAACGCGUGACGCUUAAUGAGUUGUUAUCGGGGUUGUAG